UUCGACGUCGGCCUCGUGCACGAGUUCACGAUCACGGACGAUAUCCGGGCCCUGGCUGACAAGGGCAAGACACCGGAUUAUGGAUGCUGGCGCGCCGGCGCCAAGGUGCUCGAGCCCGACGCCGUCGAGGAGAUCAUGAAGCUGCUCAAGGAGAAGAAUGGCGACGUCGUCGAGGCCAUGGACGACGUCAAGAAGAAGGUCCGCCGGGACCAGGUCCGCGAUCGGCCGUAUCGGUCCAAGGAGACGGACAAGCGCGAGAUCGACGCCGUCCUCGAGCUCUUCGUCUCGUUCGACGUCAACGGGCGCGUGCGCCAGACGUACCUCUCGCGCCGCGUGCUCGACAAGACGUUCUGGCCCAUGCUGGGCCUGACGUACAUGGGCUCGGCCUACAUGCCCUCCGUCGUCAAGCGCCUCUUCGGCUCCGUCGCCGCGCGCGUCAUCGCGAUCGACCUGGCCAUCGUCGACAACCUCCGCAUGAAGUCGUGCGAGUCCCGCGGGAUCGACGCGUUGAAGGGCCGCCUGCCCCACUUCAUGUGCUCGCAGAAGCGCGUCGAGGAUCCGGACCUCGAGCCGGAUCAGCGGCGGCAGCGGCUUGAGGGCGAAGCGCUCGAGGAGUUCAACGCCGGGCCGUGCUACAAGCCGAAGACGGACAGCGCGCAGAAGCGCCAGGACGCUGUCAAGUUCAAGGCGGGCGUGCCGCGGCCGGACCAGAUCGGCAACCAGCACGCGCUCGGCUCUCGGGGAAACCUGGCCGGAGCGGAGACCGUCCGCUGCCCGGAGUGCGACGCGAUCAUGAAGAACACGCAGAGCGCGUGCCCGGAUUGCCGCCUUGUCGUCCGGCCCGUCAAGCAGCAGCAGCAGAAGAAGACCGGCGAGGUCUUCGUCACGAUCCAGUUCGACGGGAAAGCGUUGCCCUGGACGUGGCGGCGGUGCUUGUCGGGGCCGUUUCUGAAGGCCUGCGAGCUGCCGCGCCUCGGCCCCCUCGUCCUCGACCCCUCGGCCGCCGACCCCUUGGUGCUGGACUACGACGAGGACCAGCUCGUGUCCAUCGACCAGGACCUCGUCCUGCCCCCGGACGUGGAGAUGACGAUCUCGUGGGAAAUCGACGGCGGCCCGGCGCGCGCGGCCGAGCUGGUGGUGUCCGACGGUUCCGACGGUUCGGACGUGGAGUCGGGCAUGGUGGUGUCCGACGGUUCCGACGGUUCGGACGUGGAGCCGGGCAUGGAUUUAAACGCGAUGAUCAACGAGGCGGACGUCUCGAGCGACGACGACGACGACGACGACGACGAGUCGGGCGCCGACGUCCCGGCCGGCGCGCCCCAGCGGAAGUCGUCGCGCGCGCGGAAGGCGGUCCUCGACGAGGCGGCGUGGGCCGAGGCCUUGGCCGUCGACAGCGACGAGGAGGAGGAGAGCGAGGACGAGGAGGAGAGCGAGGACGAGGAGGAGAGCGAGGACGACGAGCAGGGCGAGGACGACGAGGAGAGCGAGGACGACGAGCAGGGCGAGGACGGCGCGCGGAAGGCG